AUGCAGGACCCCCACGCCGACUCCUUCAGCGCCAGUGACGAAUGGGCUGAGGGCUCCACGUACAGGGAGGUGCGAGAGAACGGCCAAAUCUUCUGUGCCAUCUGUUUGGACCCACACGGCAAACAGCUCGGACAGCGUUUUUCUUCGCCCCAAGCCUACGGGGGCCACCACGCGAGAUUCCGCGAGCACCAGGAGAGAGCGAGGACCACCGUGUACACUUCGUACACAUUCAUCGUGGACGGCAAAGCAUGGUGCGUGGCGUGUGAUGCGCACAUGGCUGCUUCCCAUGUUAAGCAGCACCAGGCGACUAUGGAACACAAGCAACGAGCGGAAGAACGUAAGGAGAAGGAGAAGGAGGAGAAGAAGAAGAAGGAAGACCGCAGACGUACCACUAAGCGGAAGAGGACCACCCGCCGUGCGCCGCGCAAGUGUGCCUCUGGCGAAGCUCCCGAGACGCUCCUCGCAGCUCAGUGCGCCGCCGAGGGGCACGACUUGGGUUCAGCGCAGGUCAACUUCAACUUUCACAACGAGAGCAGCAUGGCCUCCCUUCAGCUGGACACGACUCUGGCAGCUGAGGAACUCAACCGCAUGGAGAAUGAUCAGCAGGAACCGCACGAACUGCUGGAACAGGCCGAAGGUGGGUGGUUGUCCAUUGACGAGGCCUACAGCCUGCUGGAGCUCACCCCUGGUGUCAGUCUCGCGCCCCCUGAGGAGGAGUUACCACUGGCCACCCAAGCGCUGUCGGGAGAAGAAGAAGAAGAAGCUGAGGAAGUAGAAGAGCGGGAGAAUGCAGAGGAACACGACGUCGAGGCUCUCCAUCAGCUUCUGGCCCUCACUUCCAUCCAGGCGCCGAACAAGAAAGAACGCAACAUGGCCGUACUGGUCCGCCUCAGCUUCUGGGUGGCCUGUUGGCUCUCCGGAGACACCGGGGCCCACGUGCCGGCCAACCUCCUGCUCGCCGACCUGGGCGUGCCCGAGCGACUGCACUUCCCCGCCGAGUUCGAGCCGGACCUGUCGGCGCGCUACGACGCCUACCACGCCGUAAAGGUGUGGCUGAUCCUGAAGAGGAGCGACUUCAGCGCGACCGUCUACAGCCUUCACAUCCACCUGCUCGCCGCCACCAACUUGACAGACCCCAACGGCCGCAAGGCCCACGACCUGCUCGACGAUUUCGUGAGGGAAGCCCCGGAGCGUGUCUCCUUCCGCCCCAACUUCUUCGAGAUGUGGCGCGUGGCCAUGCCCCGCCUGGGUCGGGCUGGGCUGCAGGCCGCAGUCCUGCCCGCUCUCAAGGUGCUUUUGGAGACCGAGGCCGAGUGGUCCGACCAGCAGAACUCAUGA